AUGUCAAACAUCUAUGUUACUACAAGUAACAUUAAUAAUGUUUCAUCAACUUAAAGAAAAAGAAUAUUUGAUAACACUCAACCAAAUUAAGUUCAAAAUCAUUUACAAUUACCAACUUAAAAACAACCUGAUUUAAGUGUUAAUUCAUUGAAUAUUGAUCCUGAACUUUCUUAUAUUGCACCAAUUGAAAUUGAGUAAUAAAAGCCUUCUUCUAGAAUUGAAGGUUAAAUAAAAAGCGAAAUUAGAAAUGAUUAAAUAUCUUAAGAAGAUCCUGCAAAACAAAGUUUAUUGAAAGAUGUUUAAUUAGAGAAUUUAGAAAAUAUUUUCACAUUAUUUAGAUCAACAGUACCAAUGAAUUAAUCUAAUCUAUAAUCUUCAAGAUUAAUGACAUCAAAUGUAGAGCCUUAAUAUUACUAAUAAUUAGAAAUUGAUGCAGAAAAUAUAAGAGAUCGUAUUAAAAUGGAAGGAAGAACAGUGCAUACUAUUAUUGAAAAGCAUAGUAAAAUAAAAUAAUAAAAAUUAAAUGUUACUUAAUAACUUAAAAAUAUACAAUCUAAAUUAAUUUAGUAUGAUUAAUGUACAUCUUAUUCAAAAUUUUAAAGAGAAAUCAAAUAUGAAUUUAAUCAAUUUGAAUCAAAAGCUGAUGAAUUAAGAGAUAUAUUUAAUGAAGCAUUUAAUUUUAUGUCAGUUAUUUCAGUGGCAGCCUAUGAAAGAUUGCAUAAACCUUUUGAUGAAUCAGAAAUAGUAAGUGAAGCUGAAUUUACAUCAGUUUCCUUAAAACAUUUCUCAGAUAUAGAAUUAAUUGCCAAAGAGUAUGAAUAAAUUCUCUCUGAAAAAAGAAGGUAAAUAGUAUUCACUAAAAUUUAGAUUGGGAAAUAUCAAUCAAAAUCAUUAGCAAUAUAAAUCUAUUUGUUCAAAAUUAUUACAAUUAAUUAAAUCAUUUCCAUAAUUAGAAUAAGAGUUUUAACAAAAAAUGAUUAAUUUAUAAAGAGUAUCUUCAAUAUAUUUUAAAGGGGUUUCAAGAGAUAUCUAAAUAUGUUUAUCAAAUUAUUAGUUAAUUAUUUAAGAUUAUAGGCUAUCAUUAGCUUCAAUUGAUAAAAUUGCUAUUCAUAAAGAUUUAUUAUAAGAAUAUUUUGAUAGCUUUGAUUAUUAUUAAUAUCUAAUUUUUUAUUUAAAUUAAUAACCUUAAAAUUACAAAGAUAACUAUUAUUAAUUUAAAUACUAAAAGGAUGAAAUUAAAUUUAUACAUGUUAAUUAGAGUAAAUAUUUUUUUGCAAUGAAGAAUAAGAUAUAUUAGAAAUCUUGUUUAUAUAUCGAUAACAUUCAAAAUUAAAUAAAUUCAUAGAAAACAGCAGUGCAAUUCAUAAUUCCUUUGAUAGAUUAAUUUAAAAAAUAUAAAAAUAACAAUUUUUAGGACUUUUUUGAUUAAAUAUUCAAUAAUCUAUAAUAAUCCAUAUCCAAGGAUUAAUGGCAACAUCUUAUUAAUCUAUACUAAGAAGUCUAAUAAUCUAAAUGUACACUUAAAAAAUUACUAGUAAAAUUAAACACAAUAUAAUAAUAACACCCUAGUUUAAGUGAAUUUAAAGAGAAAUUUAUUAGAAAAAUAGAGACAGAGCUUAAAUUUAUAGAUUCUUUAAAUCCAAAAGUAGAACCAUAUUUAAAUAUUCAAGAUAUUGAUACACAUGUUUAAUAUUUGACAUUUAAAGAAAACUAUUAAAAAUAACGAUAAAUUAUAGAUUUAAAAAUACAAGAAAUAAUUGUUAAUUUACCUUAAUAAUUAUAAUUAAGUGAUAUUGAGAGUUAAAAUUUGAAAAAAAUAAACAUUGAAAAAUUCUUUAGUUUAUCACAUUAAUUGGAAUAAACAGCUAUAAGAUUAUAAAGAAAGAAGGUUUCUAUAGAUGUUGAACAUAUUAGGUUAUAAUUAUAAUAGGAUAUAAUAUUUGAAAAAGAUGUUAUAUGUUUAUUAGAAUCUAUGUAAUAUUUACAUACUGGAAAUUUAUAAAUGAUUGUUGAGGAUUUUAAUGAAAUAGAUUAGAAGAAUAACAAUAGUUCUUUAUAGUAAUUAAUAGAAGUAAUUAUAGAAAGUGAAAAAAGAAUUGAAUUAAUACAAAGUGAUAAAUUACAAGAUAUUAAAUAAGUUUAAGUAUAAGGAUUUAAAUGGAUAUUAAAUUUAUUUAAAUAAUAUGAUUAAUUUAGAAAAGUAUUUAUUCUUAAAUAUAAAGAAUUUAAUUAAACUCAUAUUCCAAAUGUAGAAAGAAGAAUAAAUUGAAUAUUCAAGAACUAUUGAUAUUUCAAAUUUUGAAGACUUUAUUGCUAUAAAUAGAUUUAGUCAUUUAUUCUAUUAUCUUAAUUAAUAUCCAAGAAAAUAUUAACAUUGGGCUUAAAUAAAGAAUGAAUUAAUUAAAGUAAUAAUAAGUUCAUUUAAAAUUUCAAAUAAGAAAGUGAUGGAAAAAAUAGAUGUUUUAGGAGGAGAUAAGCCAAUAAAUUUACUUUAAUUUGAUUAAGAUAAUACAGAGAGAAUAUUAAAAUGGUUUUAAUUAGAAUAAAAUCAUUCCAAUAUAGCCAAAGCUGUAUUAUUAUAUUAAGGUUACAAAAAGACUAAAAUGUCAAAUUCUCAAUUUUCUUCUCCAUAUUAAUAAUAGGAUUAAAAAUAAAGACAAUUAAUUGAAAUUUAGACAAAGAUGUUUGAUGUUAUUAAUAAAUUAAAAGAUUAAAUAGAAAUUCUUCCUUGUGAAGUAAAAUUUGCAUAUCAUAAUGCAGUGGAUUCAUAUACAGAAGAAGAAUUAGAUAAGAUUAUUUUUACUGAAUUAUAAGAGGAAUGGGUCUUAGAUUAUAUGGAAAAAGGAUAAGACCUAUCUUUUUUGGCAGAUUUAUAAAAUAAUUCAGGUAUCUUUGAUACUAUAUUAUUAAAUUAAAGUUUAAUAUUUAUCAAUUUGAAUUAGAUAUUGCAGUAAUAUUAUUUAUUUAAUAUUUAGAACAUAAAAUGAAAUUGAUGUUAAAUAAAUAAGAAGUAAUCUUUUCUAAGUAAUUAAACAUUAGACAUGA